AUGACUUUGAUUAUUAGAUGUGUUGAUGUUGCAAAUGUUCCAAUAAAAGUAGAAGAGUUUUUUUUAGAGUUUUUAAUGGUAGAAGAUACAUCCAGUUUAGGACUUUUUAAUGUUUUACAAAAUGCUUUAAAAUCUCUUGACUUGGAUAUUAAUUGUAUUCGAGGACAAGGAUAUGAUAAUGGAGCAAAUAUGAAAGAAUUAAUUUGGGAAAAUGGGUUUGACACUGCUAUUAAUGAGGCUAAAAACAUAGCAGAAAAUAUUGGAGUUGAACCAAAAUUUCCUAUCAAACGUGUUUAUAGUAGAAAAAAGCAAUUUGAUGAAGUUCCAAAUACUGAAAGAGAACAACAAUCAUCUCAAGAAAAAUUUAGAACUGAUUAUUUUAUUGUUAUAAUAGAUAUGGCUCUAACUCAAUUGAGAAGUAGAUUUGAGCAAAUGCAACAUUUUGAAUCCAUUUUUGGAUUUUCGUUUGAUGGUUCAAAGUUACAAUCUUUACUUGAUGAUGAAUUAAAAAAAUGUUGUAAGAAACUUGAAACUAGUUUGACAAAUGGUGAGGAACUUGAUAUUGAUGGAAAAGAUUUAUUUAUUGAGUUACAAGUUUUGCAGAAAAUGUUGCCAGAUGAAGCAUAUAAAGGUGAACUUCCUUGGACAGCUAUUCAAAUUAUGGAGUUUGCAAAGGAGAUGGACAUGUUUCCCAAUGUGUUGGUGGCAUAUAAGAUUUUGUUGACGGUACCGGUCACAGUUGCUUCCGCGGAAAGAAGUUUUUCGAAAUUGAAGUUAUUGAAGUCAUAUCUUCGAAGUACCAUGACUCAAGAAAGAUUAAAUGGAUUAGCAAUUUUGAGUAUUGAAAGUCAAUUCCUACGAAGUCUUGAUUAUGAUAAAAUAAUAGAUGUUUUUGCUUCAAAAAAUGCAAGGAGACAUCCUUUUAGAUGA